UAUACUUUAUACUCUCUUACCCAGGACCUCGACGAAUCUCCUACGCAAAAGAAUAAUUGGUAACAAUACAAAAAAAAAAAAAAAAGUACUCAUGCCAUAUAAUUUUUCAAAAUUGUCUAAACUUUAAAUACAUUAAAUUUUCUCUAAAAAAAAAUUUUAAUACAUUAAAAACACGGAUAAAAGAAUUAAGUUAAUCAAUAAAGGCGUCAAUCCAAAAUACAAGCUAAAAAAAUCUUUUACAACCUCUCCGGAUCUCCCCACUCGAUUUUGACUCUGCAAUUGCGCGUGUGUUCUUUGGUUUGAAUCGAAAAAUGGCGACUGAAGAUGAUGAAUUCAAAGUGCCAAGAAUCAAGCUGGGCUCACAAGGGCUCGAAGUUUCGGCUCAAGGGCUGGACUGCAUGGGUAUGUCAGGCGUGUACGGCCCGCCCAAACCCGAACCCGAAAUGAUCGAGCUCAUCCAUUACGCCAUUGACAGAGGCAUCACCCAUUUCGACACUGCCGAGAUGUACGGACCUUACGCCAACGAGAUUCUCCUCGGCAAGAUAGGGGAACUUAAAAAGCUAGUUGAAGAGGGUAAAAUAAAGUAUAUUGGUCUAUCAGAGGCCUCCACUUCUACAAUUAGACGAGCGCAUGCUGUUCAUCCAAUAACAGCUGUACAGUUAGAAUGGUCCUUGUGGUCCAGAGAUGUAGAAGACGAAAUCAUUCCGACUUGCAGAGAACUUGGGAUAGGGAUUGUGGUGUACAGUCCACUUGGAGGAGGGUUCUUUUCAACUGGUCCGAAGUUACUUGAAAAUUUAGCUGAUGGUGAUUACCGAAAGUCAAUGCCAAGGCUUCAGUCAGAAAAUGUGGAGCACAACCAGAAGUUGUUUGAGAGGGUGAAUUCCAUGGCUACAAAGAAGGGAUGUACGCCAUCUCAACUAGCGCUGGCAUGGAUCCAUCAUCAGGGAAACGAUGUUUGUCCUAUACCUGGUACUACCAAGAUUGAGAAUCUAAAGCAGAAUAUUGGAGCUUUAUCGGUCGUACUUUCAGCAGAAGGCAUGGCUGAGCUGGAAUCCAUUGCUUCAGCUGAUGCAGUCAUGGGUGAUAGACAUGGGCCUGGAGCUCCUACCUGGAAAACUUCCGACACUCCGCCUCUGUCAACAUGGAAGUGUACAUGA